UCCAGCAUUGACCAUCUGCGAGACGAAGAGAUUUUGGACCUCGUGAUACAUGCACGAGAGAGGUUUCCUGAACCCAUCGUUGACGAUGAUCAUGUCAUCCGCAUCGCCCACGAUAUCGUAGCUAAGGUUGUCGACUCGGAGGAGCAGUCUUCCGAAGCCCUCGCCCUCGAUCUUGUGUUCCACCACACAGAAAUACCUGUCCCCCGCGUCCGGCGCAUCAUCAAGGAGAGUCCUGCCCCAGGCUUCGAGCUCACUCACAUAUGCAUGGACUACAUACCCGGACGACAAUUGUCCGUUGUCUGGCCAACAAUGACUCUCGAGGAGCAACUCCGUGUCGUGUUCACUCUACGCGAGUACGUGCGCCAGCUGCAAGCCCUUCGCCACCCCCGCUCCGCCGUACCAGGCCCAAUCGCUCCGGGCAGCCAGGCUCGUCAAUGCGUCUCGCCUGUGUUUGGCCCCGCAAUAGACAGACGAGGCCCGUUUACCUCGUACGACGAGCUGUCUGCGUGGUUCGACAAGGCGCAACGCCUUACGCUCAGGAUCAAGGAGGCGCAGCCUGAAUGGGAACAAGAUUCCUUUGAGCCGUUCGAUACUGUCGCGACCCCUUCGGCCCUGACGCUCUGCCACCAAGACCUCAACAUGCGCAAUAUCAUCGUCGUCAACGACGACGGCCGGCUGUGGCUCGUCGACUGGGCGUGGGCCAGGUUCUACCCGCCGUGGUUCGAGUACCUCGCCAUGAAAGUGCAGACGGCCCACGAGGAACGGCUGAUGAAUCGCAAGGAGCCCUUCUGGACUUUGAUGGUCCCGUAUAUUUGCCGUCCGUAUUAUCGGGAGGAGCGGUGGAUGCAUCGCGUGUAUGCGGCAUAUCUAUAUCGUUUUGACCGGCGCCCAUAA